AUGGGUCAGGCUGGGGUCGCUGCUGACAAUAAAUCAACCCACAAUUUUGUGGUGGAAACAGAAACGAUCGACACGCCAGGGCCACAACUACUUAUAACCCAUAACCCGCCCACCAACAGUAAUACUAAUGAUCUUGGUGGUGGUAGUGAAAUGGAUUUGCAUGAUGGUGGGAGUUUAUUGCGGGGGCAGGAUGAGUUGCUCAGGAAUUUAUCAAAGAGGAAGAAGAGUCAGGCAGACAUCGCAAGAAGAAAGAAUACAACGGCUGUACAGGGACCAGAGGAUGUAUCAGGCAGUGGUGCGGACCAGGAACAAAUAUCUGAUAAUGCGCAGCAUGUGUUACAUGAUCGAGAUACUAUCGCCAAUGACAAAGACGGUGGUAGUAGCAGUAACCUGAUAGAUAAUAACCCGCUGCCGACGUCAGUUUUGAACAGCACAGUGAACAACAACAACAACAACAAUAAUAAUAAUAAUAAUAAUAGUACUUCUUCCUUCUUGAAGAGCAAGAAGAGCUCACUCCUCAUAGAGUCCAAGGAUCUAGAGCAAGGAAGUCUGCUGAACAAGCACCUUGCAAUGUCAAACGGUGUACCAGAUACAAAAAUCACGGUAAUGCCAGAUGCACGCUCUUCACACUCUAACACAGCAUCGGUACAUUCUACAGGGAUACUCCCACCGCCAUCGUCGUCAUCAAUGGGGGCAAGAGGUUCAGAAUCGCUCUCCUCGGGGGGGAAAGUGACUGGGGAAUUGGACGUCUCAAGAAAACAGGAUAGAUCUAGAGGGAUCGCUGAUUCGUCUGCUGGUGCCGCGGAGCUGACAAAAGAGGGUACAGGCAAUAACAAUAACAACAACAGCAGCAGCAGCAGCACUGAGGAACUUGCACGGUCCACUUCAAACUCAACAGAGCAGAGACCAUCUAGCAAAAUAAUAGAAAGGCCGCCGAUUGCCGCCAUGACGUCGCGGGACCUUCUGCUGUUCAACGACAAGACUCCAAACGCUAACGCAAACAAAGCAUCCCCUGCGAGGAACGAACCCGUUGUGUCGAACGGGAGGAGGAUGGAACCAAAGGGUAGGGACGGGAACGAUAAACUGGGCGGGAGGAGACCCCUGAACAAAAAUCAGGAAACGGGCGGGAAGAAAGAUGAGCAGCAACCUCCCACUACUAACACCUCCAUCGUUGCAGAGAAAUUGCCCCUGGUUAAUGGCAACAACGCAGAAUCGGAGGCUGUGCAAUCGCCGGAUGAAGUGGAUGCCUCUCAGAAACCAAACAGAACAGAUUUCUUUGCUGCGAGACUCGCCUCCGCGGUCGGAGAGAACGAAAUAAGUGACUCUGAGGAGACGUUUGUAUAUGAAUCCGCAGCCAACUCGACGAAAAACCUGAUUUACCCAAGCGCUAGCUCGAUGGCACUUCCUGCAGGCGGACUCAACAUGAAGGACCUGGUGACGGGGAACGACCCACAGUUUAUAGAUCACAAUGGUGCCAAAGUGCAUGGGAUAGCUUCGAAAAUGAGUGUACCCUUAUUGAACACGGACAAGAAACAGCGCAUGAACAGACUGAAAACACCACGGCAUAUUAGCACGGGUGGGAUACUGUCUCCGCAUACCGUGGGCCAGCUAAGCGCAACGAACUUGCCCACUAACCACCUUACUGGGAGCUCGCAUUUGCAGUUGGCCCCCGGUGCAGCCUCCGCAACGUCCAAUUUGAACACAAACAACAAUCCUGAUAAUAUUCUUACUUUUACAAGCCUACACAACCCAAGUAUGGAAGACAUGUCUAGUGUUCACUCGACACAGCGACCAGAGAGGCAAAACGACAUCCAGUCCGUAAAGUCCUUUGUCUACGAACAGCAAAACAGAUCCCCGGACAAAAGAAUGAGCGUCACGGGACUGAGUAGCAUGACUCCCUCUAUACCGGGCUCAUUACACAGAGUCGCACAAGUGAAUCAGUCCACUUCGAACUCCAACCUUCGAUUAAAUAAGAAAAGGGACGGGAAGCGGGUUUUGCGGACUACGAUCUCCAAAAUAUUUGAUACUACGGGGGCCCCAGCGAGAAGGUACUCCGGUGUUCCUGAUAACGUGAAUCUCGAAGACUACAUUGAACAGUCAGACGAGGUUUCAGAUAUGGGUACGGAUAACAACGCCGGGCCUAUAAAGACCGGAAACAAUAACAAUCACGCAUCGCAUAGAGGUCCGGAUAAUAACCACGGUGUAAACACCCCUGGGAACACUGGGAACCCUGGGAGUGUCAAAAUGCAUAGCUUCAUCUCCGAACACGACACGAAGAGAGCGCCGAAUGGACCUCACCAAAAUCCAUGCUACCAAACAAGUUAUUACUUCAAUGAGCCCAACAUCAUAAAAGAGGAGGAGGAAGAGUACAACACGGAUAGCAAUGGCCAUUACAGAGCUCAUGGUAACGACAAUGACACCUACGAUGAGGACUCGAUGUUUUACUACAGUCAUCGACCUGAUUUGGAGUCAAGGCCGCAAAUCUCCGAUUACGAGGAUGAAGAGGAGGUGGACGAUGACGACGCAAUGCUAGACAACGCAAACUUCCAUACAUAUACGGAGGGGGCACAUGGGAUGAAUAGACAUUCCGGUUACAACGGGGAACAUUUCAGGAAGCAUUUAGUGAACGGGUAUUCCGACUAUAUGGUGCCCCCCGGAGUCAAUGAGUACACACCACUGAGACACCUUUCGAGACGAAGGAUUUCGAAGGAUCCGUUAGGUUACUCUCCGCACAAUUUUGCAACGAAAAGAUCAGGUUGGGCGAGAUUGAAGAACUGUCUGUACUUCACCGUUGUGGUCAUCUCCCUGCUGGCUGUGGGGUUCCUAUUUGGGUUUUCGCUGGCAACAAACAAGGAAUUGCAAAAUUUCGACAUUGUCCUGCUAGAUAACGUCAUCUCGAGUGUUGAUGAGCUGAUCUUCGACAUCACUGCAUCUGCGUUCAACCCCGGGUUUUUCACCAUAUGGAUAAACUCUGUGGAACUAGAUAUUUUCGCUAGAACAGAGAUGUUACUAGACGACACUACGAUACAUUUGGGUACUAUCAAGAGACUCGAUUCCCCGCUGAGUUUUGAGGGCGGGUUCUUUAACAGAAGGUACUCACUGUCUAUGUCGACGUUGAAAGUCCUGGACCCUGGCUUGUCCAAGAAGGAGGACGAAAAUGACAAGUGGGGGAAACUCAUCAAGCACGACUACCAGCUUCUGUUGAGAGGCACGAUGAAGUACAACGUCCCCCUGUUUGGCAGUGAAAAGGCGUUCUCAAUACAGAAGUCGGCCAAUGUCUCGGUCGACGACGAUGGGGUAGGUGACUAUCUAGAGGGAGGCAACUACCCGGGUGACCCGAUUGACAUGCUGUGA